AUGGAUCGUUUAGCGAAACUGUCUUCACAAAAAGCAGUGGUGAUCUUUAGUAAGAGUACAUGUUGCAUGUGCCAUGCUAUCAAAAGAUUGUUUUAUGAGCAAGGUGUGAGUCCUAUGAUCCACGAGAUCGACGAGGACUCGAGAGGAAAAGAAAUGGAAUGGGCCCUAAUGAGGCUAGGGUGCAGCCCUGCUGUCCCGGCUGUGUUCAUCGGAGGAAAAUUGGUCGGCUCUGCUGAUACUGUCAUGACUCGUCAUGUUGAUGGCUCACUUAAGAUGUUGCUGAAAGAUGCUGGAGCUAUAUGGCUUUAA